UCACUUGAAUAUUGUACAUUGAAGUUAGAGGGGAUUUGAAUUUGACUUUCACAACACGUUCAAUUUAUUUUGGAUGUUUCGGUUCUAUUUCCUAAUGUAUAGGAUACAUGUGUAUGGGAUUUUAUAUAAUCAAUGACCACUUCAUAUUCAGGAGUGAAACUUUCCUCUAUCAAUGGACAUCUAAUAUGUGGAUUAUGCGGUGGAUACUUAAUAGAUGCAACCGUUCUAACUGAAUGCAUUCAUGUGUUCUGUAGAAGCUGCAUUCUUAAGUACUUAUCAGAGAACAAGAUUUGUCCGUUAUGCCAAAGCCUAGUGCAGGAGACGAGACCUGGUCAAGCUCUCCGUCCAGAUGUUGCAUUACAACGCAUUGUAUAUAAAUUAGUUCCGGGUUUGCUGAAGACUGAAAUGAAAAGAAUUUCAGAAUUUAAGGAAUUAUAUUCAACGGACUCUUUGUGCGUCGAUACCAUCUUGUCUGGCAAUGAAGUUAUGUUCGGCACUGCAAAUGCAGGCGGUACUUCUAAUUAUUCUACCUCAUCAGGUCUUCGUCCUGCUCCUCUGCCUACAGCUCUCGCUACUCGAUCGCUUUCUAAAACCCCGUGUGCACUUGUUUCGUCAAUGCAAACAUCACGGACUAUUGUUUCUAAUCGUCUACCAAGUUCAGCUGCAUUUCUACUGGAAGAUGAUGAAUUUGUCAGUUUGUCUUUAACACAUUUAACAAGUCUACCUUCUUAUUCUAAAGUCUCCGAAUCUUUUAUUUAUAAACGUCCCAGUCAGCCUGAUCAUGCUAAAACAACUGCCUCACAACUACUUGAAUCUAGUCACUCCCAGUCAUCAUUAUCAUCUUCAUCAACACUUCGAUUUACAAAUUCAAUUUAUCUUUUAUGCCCAGCUGUUGUCACUGUGGCUAAUCUUCAUCACUUGUUAUUAUCAAAAUAUCAACUUGAUCCGGCUAGACAAAUUGUCGACUUAUAUCUUGACGGUGAGUGUUUAGAACCAUCGCAUAGUCUUCGUGAAGUAGCCUUUCUUUACUCCUUUCCUACUCGAAAUCAAUGUAUGUGCCUACAAUUUGUUUUCACUGAUGCAUGUACAGCUUGGUGGGGUACACCAAUGCCCUAUCUUGAACGCCUACAACCCAAGCGGACGACAUCUUUCAAAGAUCAUUAUACUGAUUCGAAUUCGAUAAAUAUUUGUCUUUCUAGCUUGAAUCAUGCGACUACUAAAGUGUGUGAAACUUCGAAUAAGCAAAGGAAGAGAGCUUCGUUUUGAGGAUGCAUUUAUAAAAACUGAAGUGCAUUGUAAUUAUAUAUAUAAACCUGUAAAUAUUUCCCCUUAUCUCCUCGUGCAUUUUUAUAUGUAAUGUAUACCCGAUACGCGUUUGUAAUCAGGUAACGAUUACGUAAUUCUCCACAUUUUUUGUUGUUGUUGCCGUGGUGACUCUAUAAAGGCUUCUCAUCUUUAUUUUUAUCUCCGCCUCCUCUGAAUUUCGUAGUGUUCAGCAGUUUCACUUUGAUAAUUACCUGUUUAUAUGUGUACAUAUAUAUUAUCUAUUUUUUACCAGACCAUUAUUGUGUUGAAGAAGCGACAAUAAUAAUAAUAAUAAAUGCCAACUAGAUGAGUAUUAGUUAACUGUGUUUACGACGCGCUUCUUUUAUACACACACACACACAUUGAUGAAAAGAGCUUAAUUUCAAUGAGUAUUUUUCAGACUCAAAUUUGUUUUUCUCCAAUUAUGAUGAUUAUUAUUAUUUUUUUCUUGCUGAGUAUCACUGCUCCUGUUGUCUUUCAUUUUUUGCUGGUCAACAUUAUAUUUGGUAGUUAGUCAAUGCGAUCAAGUUUCUUAACAGUUUAUCUGUAUGUAUAUAUUGCACACACGAACACACACGUUUAAAAUUUGUUUUUCUUUUCUGUCUCUGACUCUAGAGGAGAUAUACUUAAGCAUAUAUAUGUGUGCACACAUAUAUUUCUGUAAAACUGAAAUCUUGAAAUAUAUAUAUAUUUUAGUAGAC